GUUUCUGAAUAUGAUCCAAAGGUUUGAGUUUUGAUUGGUGGAAGCUCUAUUCUAAGGGAUUUCUCGUGGGGCCUUACAGUGGUAACGAAGAAUAAGAAAUGGCAGGUAGGUCGUCGAAAUCAAACGCUCCGAAGCCUCGAAAGAGAGUGGAGGCCGAAUCAGCAUCUUCAACCGCUUCUUCAACUCUUGUUCGUGCCAAAGAUGGCAGCGCUUUCGCCAGAUGUGAAGAGUGUAACAAGAAUGUUCCGGUAGCGUUAAUUAGCAUGCAUAGUUGCAGUCUGGAUGCCAAAAUAAAGAUGAAUUUGGAGGCUCAGGUUGUGGAAAAGCCCAGUGAAGUUAAGAAGAAAUCUUUGGAAAGGAAGAAGCCUGCUUCAGCUUCAACCGAACCAAAGCCAAAGAGGCUCAGAAAAGCUACCAAAGAUAAUUCGAACAAGCCCAAGCGCCCUCCCACUGCUUUCUUCCUCUUCAUGGAUGAUUUUAGGAAAGACUACAAGGAAGCAAAUCCUGGUUCGAAGGGUGGGAAAGAGGUUGCAAAAGAGGGUGGUGAGAAGUGGAAGAAUAUGAGUGAAGAAGAGAAGAAGCCAUAUAUUGACAAGGCUGCUGAGCUUAAGGCAGAGUAUGGGAAAGCCUUGGAGAGUAAUAAUGAUGCUGAAAAUGAAGACGAGGAAGGAGGUUCAGAGAAAGAAGAUGCUGAGGAGAAAGGGGAGAUUGCAGAGAAGGAAAGGCAAGAAGAGGAAGAAGUGUUAGAUGAUUAUUAGAUAGUAAGUAGGAUAUGAUGUUUCCAGGAAUAUAAUUGAGGCCCUGUUCGGGGGCAUUGUAAAUUCUGAAUCUCCCUAAAUGAAUGAUUUCAGUGGGAUUUUUGUGAUUUGGUCAAAA